AUCCGAUCUUCCCCAUCGGCGUUUGUUGUUUCUAGCUCAUAACAAUUCUGUUCUGUUCAGAUUCGGUUUAGUUCAUUUCCGCAGCUGGCGGCAAUGGAAGUACCGCGAUUACGUCGAGCUAUUGUGAAAUAAAGUUUUCGGGAUCAUAUCGUUAGUAGCAUCGCGAAAAAUGUGACGUAGCUAGGAUUUAUAGAUCUCUCAAUAUACAUAUACCUAUAGUUAAUUCAAGGAGUGAGAAACUUCGAACCCAACUCUAACUGUAACCUUGAACUUGGACCAUCGAUCGCAUUGUAGUUUCUCAAUUAGAUGCAGGCCAUUCAGAAAGUCGUCGUCAGUCUUUUAGUCGGUACGAACUGUGUGUGAGUGCAUCUUGUAGUGUGUAUAAAAAUAAAUAACAGCAACCGCCAAAAAUAAAAGCUAAAAACUAAAAACGGAAAACUACUGGCGCAGGAAGAGCUGUGCUGCCAAUUGGCGGGCUUGCCAAGGAGAUACUAUACGGAUCCCAUUGGGAAUACAGAAUACGGAAUUAGUGAAUAACGAAAUAAAGCAAAGGGCUGGCGAUGGAGAAGAAGGUCUAUCAGGACACAACCAGACCACUGCAAAAUGUUACACGUAGCCGAUACUACAAUAGGCAUGACAAGAGCGAUCUUGGUGAGGAUUUUGUGGCGCCCGACGGGGGAUGGGCGUGGCUCGUUUGCGUCGCCGCUGGCAUUUCUAAUCUCUCCAUUUAUCCCUGCCUGCAACAGUUUGGCUUCCUGUUUAGGGGCCGUCUGACCGAUUUGGGGAUGUCUAGUUCUCAGAUCACAGCGAUUAUCAACACAAAUCCCGCCAUAUCGGCGUGUACGGGUUUACUGAAUGGACCGAUGUUCAGAAGGUUUACCUUUCGGCAGGUUGGAAUGGCCGGUUCCCUGCUGAUCUUCACCGGCAUCGCCCUCACCGCCUUUUGUGAAACCUUCCUGGGCUAUAUGGUGUCCUAUGCCUUGCUCUUCGGAUUUGGCAUGGGGAUCAGUGUGUCGGCCUCCUCAUUAGCGAUCAACACGUAUUUCCAAAAGAAACGUCGUCGGGCCGCUGGCUUUUCGUGGACAAUAACAGGCCUUGGUCCGAUCUUCCUGCCGUAUCUGAUGACCUUUAUGUUGGGCAUCUUUGGGGUUCAGGGAACCACUCUGCUCUUUGCAGCCAUCUCGCUGAACUCGUUUGUUUGUGCCCUGAUCUAUCAGCCGGUUCGCUACCAUGUGAAGCCCUUGGAGGUACAGCAGACGGAUGAGGAGCAGCAAGCGGAGACGUUAUGUGCUCAUUGUGCCUGGCAACAGAAACGUGAACCGGGCGGCAUAUUCUCCAGCCAAUAUCUGUGCCAGGACGACGAUGCCCAGCGACCAGGUUACGAGAUCUGUGAACCAGGAACUCCAAUGCUAUCGCGUGCCAAUGAUGGCUGGUACGGAUCCCGGCUAUCGUUGACCUCGGGCCGUUUGGGAUUUCGAACAAUUUCGAGUUCCAAGGAUCUAGAGCAAACCCAAAGGCUACAUUGUCGAAUUAAUGAAGAGCAGAACAACGAGAAAGAUGAGUUCCUGCGACCCAAUAACUUUCGCCGGGAACGAGUGGAAUCCAAUUUGGAGGCCAAGUUGUGUUGUCGGUGUUCGGAAAAACGAAAGGAGCACAACAAUAACCAGAAAGAGAAGGAAGCUGAAGCGGCAGCUAUGAAUGCUCCCAUACAUAAUCCACAGAUGAGUUUCCUGGCCAAAGUUGUGACCUUCUUCGAUCUUGACCUGUUGCGGGAUUUCACCUUCGUUAAUUUGGUGGCCGGACUCACUAUAAUUAACUUUGGAGAACUCAACUUCUCUAUACUGACACCUUUUAUCCUGGCCGACUUUGGAUUCGAUAUACCCCAGGCAACGUUGGCGAUUUCGCUGCUGGGUAGUAUGGACAUAAUCAUGCGAUUUUUAGUACCUUUUCUUACCGAAAAGAUACCGUGGGACAAUCGGGUCUUCUUCCUCAUCGGAGUGGUGGGAAUCGCUUUGGGUCGCACGGUGGUGGCCUGUACGCGAUCCUACAGCACAAUCCUCGGCUGCUUUGUCUGGAUCGGUCUGUGUAAGGGGGUGCGCACCAUCUUUUGGCCACUGAUCAUACCUGGUUAUGUGCCAUUGAAUCGCCUGCCAGGAGCCUCCGGGUUACAGUUACUGAUUUCGGGACUGUUCACCAUGGCCUGUGGUCCAUUUGUUGGCAUGGUGCGGGAUCGUUUCAACUAUGCGAUUACCCUGCACUGCCUCAACAUGAUGUCCUUUGUGGCGGCAACUUCCUGGACUCUGGAGGCCGUUGUUCGGUGGCACCAUCGCAGGCAGAGACUGGUGAACAGCUGAAAAUGCCGCUAGUUGGCGUAAACCAAAUCAAAGAAAUUGUAGCAUAGAAAAACUCUUUUUUUUUGUUUAGCAAUAAGUAAAUAUUUUGUAUAAUAAAUGUCUCCCAAUAUUA